GUUACUCAACGCUGUUGUUGUAGCUGAUACUGUAAAGUAGUUCUUGUAGGAGUUGUAGUUGUUGUUAUGGACUGUAGGGGCGCUGUUGUCUCUAUUCCAAAUACUGCGCCAGAAACACUCCGUUAUAUUUUAUUUUUUUUUCACUUUACAGUUGAAGACUUUUUUAAUUACCACAGCAACAUGCAUGGAUUACGCUUUGCUCAGUUGAGAUAUCUGAACAGGGAGUCCACAGGCGUUUUUGCCUGUUUGAAUGACUCAUGCUUCUUUUACUUAAAAGGUCUGUUUUGGUGAACAGGUUUUUUUUUUUGAUUGAAUGCGCUCUUUUCCCACACACUGAAAGUGAAUUCCUCUGCGCGCAAAUGAGACACUGAACGUGUUGUUGAACCACAGCAACACAUCGGAAAGUUCUGUGCUUUGGAUUUGGACUUGUUAUCAGCGCUGUUAUGGACGGACACUGGAUCAGGAUCUGCGCCUUCACGCUCACCACAAUUUUCCUUCAAGACUUAGCAGCUCUGAACCUGAGGAACGAGCUGUUGGGAAAGUGUGUGCAGGUGCAGGAUGGAGAAGCCAAUGAAAAGGUGACUUUGGAGGAGUGUAAACCAGGCUCACUCUUUCAGGAAUGGCAGUGGAACCCUGAGACACGCUUCUUGAUGAACCCACACACAGGAAAAUGCUUGACAGCUCUCAAAAUCCAAGAUCAGGGAACUGUGGGCCCCUUAGCAUGCAGAGCUGAAGAUGAUGAGACUCAGGCUUGGAGUUGCUCAAAAAAGGGCCACCUCACAUUGUACGGCAAGGGCUUCCAUUUGAGUGUGCGCUAUGACUCGUCCGAUAUCUUUCUUUCCACCGAGCGAGGGAAGAAUGCCAAGUGGAAAACACUGAAUAAGCGAAUGCCAUGUGAGGAGCCACCGAAUGAGCCUGAGAAGAUAGAACCAAAAAUUAUUGCUAAAAUUCACCUGUGGCAGCCUCAAGUAAAUGUGGACCUUGAUGCACCGAAACCCACUCAGUCAAACAGCAGCACUGAUGAUGGGGAAUCUGGUGCAUUUGGGAACCCUCUCAGCAUAGAGAAUGGAAUGGAAUGGAAGGUGACCAUGCUGGUACUGAGCUCUCUUGCCCUCAUUAUUGGGACGGUCAUCCUUUUCCUGAACAUCUAUCAAAAUAGGCAAAAGAAGACUGUUGUGGUUCUUAAGUCAUACACAUCCAUUGGCGAAACCAGUCUACCUGGCUCCCCAGUUUCCAGCGAAAGAUCUCCUCUGACCAAACAUCCUAUGAAACCUCCCCGGUCUCCGUCCAUUCAGCGUGGGGAGAUCCUGGUUGAAUGGAAGGAUGGCACUGUUACGCCACUAUUCGACACCUACCAAACCUCCUAAAGAGCCGGAUUGGUGCCUUACUGCAACACAAAUGCUGCCAUACAGUACUCCUACUUCUGUUAUAUGAAACCUCAUCUGCCGCUUUUCACACUAAUGCAUUGUGCUGCACUUAAGCAUGUAGUGUUUUUCUCUUUUUUAUGUAGCCACUGCACUAUUUAUUCUUUCAUGCAUAUUUCAUGCAGAAAUUGUAAACAAUCAUAACGACUGGCCUCGUCACUUAGAAAAAGCAUUGCCCCUCAUCCUCCUUCCCAAGAUGGUAGAAUCAGUAUCAGUUGAUGUUUGGGUGGAGGUGCAUAUGUGCCCGUGUGACCUGUGUGUGUUUGUGUGUGUGAGAAAAAGUGUGCGGAUUUGCAGAUCACAAGAGAACAGGUUGAGCUACAGUAUAAUUAGGCAGUAUUUCAGGGAAAUCAACAAAACUGUCACGAGACAGUGUUUCCAUGAAAGACUUCAUGUCUAGG